CUUUACGUUUAUAAACAUAAUCUCAUGUGCGACUGUCACAAACUGACCUAUAGUGACGUUUUUAAUUAAUACUAGCUUAAAAUGACUUAAAUGCUUUAAAAACGGAAACAAAAAACAUUUUUAUUGUGACUUGUACUUCGGGAAAACAGACUAUUCUGAGGCUGAAAUAUCACGUUCAAGAGUGAAUAAACUCAAGAGAAGAUGCCAGCUCGAAACACUAUAAACAGUGGAGUCAGAUACUCCAAACUAGCCAGUGAUGAUGAUGGAUACAUUGAUCUCCAGUUUAAGAAAAGUCCACCUAAAGUCCCUUAUAAAGCGAUCGCCCUGGCAACCGUUCUCUUCCUCAUCGGCUCCAUUCUGAUCAUCAUCGGGUCCCUCCUGUUAGCAGGAUACUUUGAAGUUAAUGAUCACCGUGAUCGCACCAUCCCAGUCCUGGUUAUUGGAAUCCUGGUCUUUCUUCCUGGGUUUUACCACCUGCGCAUCGCCUAUUACGCCUCCAAGGGUUAUCGCGGUUUCUCCUACGAUGACAUCCCUGACUUUGAUGACUGAGUGGCGGGGACGGGCUGUCAGCCGGCUGAUCUGACAGAGCUUUGAACCUGGUUUUCCUGCACCGCUGCUGAUGUCUGCCAUGUCAAAAUGACUUGACAGCCUCGUUUUUUAACAUUUUCAUAGACUCAGAAGGUGAUUGGAAUUCAUGAACUAGUAUGAUGGUUCGUGUAAUGAAUAUCACUUUAUCAUGGAUUUAAUGCCAUUAUUUGUAAUGCAAACAGGUCUCAGAUCAGUUGUUAUAUUAGUAUGCUGUAUUGAGUUACAGGUUGUUGCAACAAGCAAAGCCUGGGGCAAGAAAAACUACUCAAAACAUGACAUGCUGUUGGAUUGCACUAGGCUUCAAAUCAAAUCUGUCAUUAAUGAUGGGAUUUUUUAUAUUUUUUUGAGGAAACACAUUAACAUUACUGUUUCAAUCCAUUCUUGAAAUAAAAAAAAGUUUAGUUUUUAAAUUUAAAUACAUUUGUGUAUGAUGUGAAUAAAGCACCAUUACA